CCUAAAUGAAAUAUGAGGAAUGAAACAAUUUCUUACUUUUUGCUGCUGGAAUUCUCAAAAAAUCGGCACAUGCAGCUUUUGCAUUUCCUCUUGUUCUUUGUGUUAUAUCUGGCAACUGUAGCAACAAAUCUUCUAAUCAUCUCUGCAGUAGCUUUGGAUCAUCAACUGCACAACCCCAUGUACUUCUUUCUCAUGAAUUUGGCUCUGCAGGACCUGGGCAUUGUUUCGGUCAUUGUCCCCAAAUCCAUGAUAAAUUCUCUCAUGGACACCAGACGCAUCUCUUACCAUGGUUGUGCUGCUCAAAUCUUUCUCUUUCUCUCCUUUGAAGCUUUUGAUUUCUCCCUCCUGACAGUCAUGGCAUAUGAUCGGUAUGUUGCCAUUUGCCAUCCACUGCACUAUGAGAUGGUGAUGAAUUUGAAAGCUUGCACUGGAAUAAUAAUUCUAGUGUGGAUUAUAAGUCUUCUCUAUGGAAUGUUGCAUACAACUGGCACCUUUUCAAUCCUUUUUUGUUCUAAUGUUGUCAACCAGUUUUUCUGUGAAAUUCCACAGUUGCUAAAACUAUCCUGCUCUGGUUUCAAUCUACUUGAGGUUGGAGUACUUGUGGUCAGUAGUAUUGCUGUACUAGGUUGUUUUACUUUCAUAGUUGUAUCUUAUGCUAUGAUCUUCAAAGCAGUGUUAAAAAUCCCUUCUGAACAAGGUAGGCAAAAAGCCUUAUCCACUUGUCUUCCCCACCUUAUUGUUGUGUCUAUGUUAGUAUUAAGUUCAUGCUUUGCCUAUCUGAGACCUCCCUCUAACACCCCAUCUUACUUAGAUUUUGGGGUGACUGUUCUGUAUUCCCUUCUUCCACCCCUGUUCAAUCCAAUCAUCUAUAGCAUGAGAAAUAGGAAUAUAAAAUAUGUUCUUUCUCAACUGUUGAGAUUCUGA